AUCCCUGAAUAAUUUUUUGUAGGUUAGUCUUUACCGGGUUUAUGCUGUAACCUUGUCAAUGCUGUUAAUUAAGUAAUUUUUAAUGAAUUGUAUAACGGGACGUGUGUAGGUAAUUGGCUGGUGGAUGUGCCCAUGUGCCUUGGCUGUUAGCUAAACUGCUCAAUGAGGUACAGGCUGAGCGGCAUUCCACGGACCUUUGGCACGUAUGUUAGUCUGCACAAUGGCAGCAGCCGCCUCAGGCAAGAGGUGUUUAUCAGCAGGGCAUACUGUUUGCAUCAGAAACCACAAGAUGGCCCAUCCAAGAUGGAGUCUGUUGGACAGCGCACACUUGCCACCUUGAAGAGCCUGACAGAACUCGGGAUGCAAUGGGGCCAAAAUUCAAAACAAACUGCGACAGCUACUGUAAACUACUGGUGGGAGAGAUAUGAAGAAUUUGUCGGCCUAAACGAGGUCAGAGAUGCACAGUUAAAGGUCACUGAGGCAGAGCAGGCCUUUAUGGUGGCCAGAGGCAUGGUCCGCGAGGCUCAUAUAAGCUUGGAGGCUAAUCAGGUACGACUAAAAGAGGUCAGAGACCGGCUGGACCGCGUGUCUCGAGAGGAAGUUCACUAUCUGGAACUGGCAACCCUGGAACACAAGCUACUGCAGGAGGAGCGACGUUUACGGACAACUUAUGAGAAUGCAGAGGGAUCGGAGCGAGAGAAAUUUGCCCUAUUUUCAGCCGGUGUGCGUGCGAGUCACGAGAAAGAGCGUGCCCGGGCUGAACGCACCAAGAACUGGUCCGUCAUUGGCUCAAUCCUGGGCGCGGUGAUCGGCGUUAUGGGGUCCACCUACAUCAACAGGGUACGCCUGCAGGAGCUAAAGAGCCUGCUGGAGGAGGCUCAAAAGGGUCCAGCCAGUUUACAAGAGGUCAUCAAGGACCAGGCCAGCAUGCACAAGUCCUUAGAGGAUGAGCUGCAGAGUCUUAUAGGCAGACUUAAGACCAUGCUGACCGAUCUGUCAGAGAAGGCCAGUGCACCCCAGCCUACUCCAGUACGAGCACCAGCUCUACCUCCACCUCAGCCCAAGCCCCAGCCGCUGGCUUCUCGUGCUGAACCCAGUGCCUCAGAGGCUGCUCUCAAAGAGCUCCUGUUCUGCUCCCAGAACAGCCAGGCCCUACUGGAGGGCGUCAAGGCCCAGCUGGGGCAGAUGAGCCAGAGUGUGGGGAGCGUAGCCGCGGAGCUGCAGGAGGUGCGGAAGACUUUGGAAAUGCCGCCUCCGCCGCCCGUGGUGGUGGAGAGGCCAGUGAUACAGACGCAGGAGCAGAUGCUGGUGUGCGACACGGAGAGCGUCAUGCAAGGCCUGGACCAGGCCCAGAAGAGGCUGGAGAUCCAGAUCAACCGGGCAACGCUUUACAAUACUGUGUUGACUUACACCGCAUUUGCACUGACUGUUCCUGCUCUGUACUUUAUCUUCAGAAGCACUUAAUUGUUCAUUUGAGGGGCCAUAUAUGUGAACAUAAUCAAGAAUGGUAAACACUGAUAGUUCAGUAGUUAAAAUUGUGUUUAACUUUACUUAUGAUCAGGGAAUCGUGCACUGCUAAGUGUUGUAACGAGAGAUAUGAAAAUGUCAACCUAAUAAAUUGACAUCAAUGUUUGUGUCAUUUGAAA